GGCCGGCGGUUGCGUUAGUUGCGUUUUCGCUUUCAUCGGAGCAAGUCGGCAGCAAAAAGGAAGCGCUGGAGCAGCAGCAGCAGCCCGAGUGUGUGAGUGCGUGGUGUGAGAGUGUGCGACAGAGCAAGACACCGCCGCCGUGCGAAGAAGCAGCAGCCGGAGUGAACGGCAAAGAGUUUGAGUGUGUGGUGUGUUUUUAUUGGCGUUAGACAAUUGUUGGUGACACGGAGGAAUGACCAAAGCGAGCGAGCGUUCACUUUCGUCGCCGUCGUCGAGGCUGGUUUUCCCGUCAACAGUUUGCUGCGUUCCGUGGGUAGCCUCUGUCCCGUGUGGCACACACACUGGGUGUGUGUAGUGUGUUGCGUGCGUGCUCGUUGUUUUCCUCCAAUCCGGUCGCCGGUUUCCUGUGUGCGGUGCUCAAAAGACUAAAAAACAACCAUUUUAAUGGAGUUGAAAUACUCGCCACCGCAGCAGAAGUCGACAGCGUGCAGCAUCUUACUGGAAGCGAGCCUGAACGGUGGCGGAGAAGCAAUCGGCAGAGCCAGCCGAAAAGUAGUAGGCCGGGGUCGUCGUCUGUGCGGUAAACAACCUCCGCUGCAAUCGGCAGCAGCACCGUGAGCGCGCUACUCUCCAGGAAUCAAUGCCAAAAAUCUACCUCGAACCAGUUUGUUUUUUUUACAACAGAAAAGCAAGAAGAGCUGCAAAAACUAAACCAGCAAUAGAGAAAAGGUUCUCGGUUUCGGUGGAAGAAAACGGUUCACAGCGAACAACAAACCCUUCUCUCACUCACGGUCAAAAGGUGUUGUGUGCAGUGUGUGCGUGUGUGUGUGUGUGUGAUGUGGUAGUGUGUUCUAGUUGUCAUCGGGAACAUCGUCCGACCAUCCUAUCAUACGGAAUGCUUCUUUUUUCCUAAACAAAACCGCCCGGUUCUGUCCCAGUUUUUCUCGGUUUGCCACGGUGUGCGGCCUCCGUUCAACGACUCUGUUUCCCGCGCGAUUGAACUUUCGGCGUGUCAGCGUUUCGUGUGUGAGUGAAAGCAAAAAUCGAUGUUACAGCAUUUUCCCAGCCUGUGUACGUUGCUCCUAUACUACCACCCCCCUCGCGCUUGGCCCUGUGCGUUAUCGGUUGGCUCUGCGAGAGCAGCCUGGAGAAAAGAGUGCGUGACACGGCAUCUGGACGAAGCUCGCGAGAGGAGUUCCCUUCAGGGUAAAAAAUUCCUCGCAGGAGAAGGAGCCGCCACACACAGCGGUGCGAGUGGAUGAAUUAGAGAAGAAAUCGUCGGUUGUCGUAAAAUAAAAAAAUAUAAAUACAUGUGCUAAAAGAAGCGUCACAGAGUGUGGUCCCGAAAGACGGUCGAGAAUCGUGUUGCGAAUGAACACCGAAACGUGAUGAUUUUCCACGAAGAACGAAGCAAGAAACGACAACAGUAAAACUCACACGCAGCUGUCUGUCAAGUGGAAUUUUGCAGCAAAUAUCCGCUACCUUUUUUGAGGAAAAGCUCCAGGAAGAGAAGAUAGAAAACCUCCUUUUACCCAACAAACGAAGUACCAAGAACGUAUCCCAGCAGGCGACGACUUGUGUUCCAGUGCUUCGGCUGUUGUGUGAAGCCUCCAACAAAAUAAUCGCCACUGUGUGUUUUUCCUUGAAACUUACGGGAAUCAGCUAGAGAACUUGAAGCGAAAACGCCCCCCUCGAAAUUUCUGCCCGUCGCUCCCAUUUUUUGAGUUCUUUUGUUUGUGCUCUUCUGUGUGUGUGCGAACAAGAAGCAACGAAAGACGCGAGUGAAGACGUUUAUUUGGUUCCGGGAAGACAAACUGUGCUGUCGGUGAAGACAAUUCCCAACAAAAAUCGAAGUACACAAAGGCGUCGAAACUGUGUGCAAGUGUGUGCUAUUUCGAUGUGUAUGCGUGUGCCGUCUAAUUGGCCUCCAAAUGUCCGGGCGCUUCCUGGAAAGGUGAAGAGCACGAGGAAAGCUAUCAAUUCCAGAGCAGGACAAACUUUUCCCCCAAAAGAGGAGGGAAUGUGUGUGUUGAGAUCUGUGAAGUAACAAGUGACUUUCAGUAAACGUGUUCUCCUGGUGUCUGGUGUGCUGAGUGUCGUCUAGUGUGUCUCCUGGCCCGAGUUUGUGUCCAACACCGCAGCCAAGCAUCAUCUCCUGCUGGCGGACGGACCCCAGUGUUGGAAAUAUCGCGCGACUACAGCAAGGCACCGAAAAUUGAUACCCAAGUUCUGUUCGGCGGGUGGUCGUCGCGAUCCGCCAUGGCACCGCUACGCUCCGGCAGGGCCGCCCCGGGCAGCGAGGGACCAGUGGCAACGAUCACGUCCUCCAGCACCACCACCACCACGAUCGGUGGCAUGUACGAGCCGCAGUACUACUGGAGCUCGAGCGCCGGCGACUCGGACCACGGCUUCGAGUCGUCCCACUCGGGCGACGGAUCCGGCUCGGAGGGCGCCGGCAUGGUCCGGUGCUGCCUGCCGAUCGGCGAAUGUCUGAAGCCGAAGGGUGCGGGCGGAAACAGCCCAUUCUCCGAGCUGGGCGCCAUGAUCAAUCUGGAGGAUCUGCGGGAGUGCGUGCGCGUCCAGUGCAGCAACGAAUCGUGCACGGCCGGGCAGUACAUGCACCGGGAGUGCUUCGACCGGUGGGAGGAUGAGGCACUCGCCUGCCUGAAGUCGACCGGGCGGGCCCGCUCGUGGUCGGACAAGCAGCGCCAGCAGUACCUCUGGACGAAGAAGGGCUACGAUCUGGUGCAGAAGGUGUGCGGCUGCAAGUGUGGGCGGGGCAGCCUGAAGAAGGACCUCGACUGGAAUGCGCCCACCACCGCUACCAUGUUCGGCAGAGCGCUGGUUGGUACUGGUGGUGGUGGUGGUGGUGGUGGUGUUGGUGGAGAUGUCCAGAUUGGAACUGGCGGUGGAGCAAUGCUGGGACCGAUCGGUGACGAUGAGACGAUGAAGAAGCAGAAGAAAAAGAAAAACCGCCACAACCAGAAGCUGGCGAUCUCGAUGAGUGCCAGCAGCAGCGCCAACAGCAGCGCCACCAGCAGCCCCAACAGCCAGCACCAGCAGCAGCAGCACCAGCACCAGCAGCAUCAACAGCAUCAGCUGCAACAGCUACACCAGCAGCAGCUGGCCCAACAACAGCAUCUUCUGCUGCAACAGCAGGACCAUCAGCAGCAGCAGCAGCAGCAGCAGGCGGAUGACUUGCUAUCGAUUCUGAGCAAGAUCCGAGUGUCGGCGGCAUUGAACACGACGGCGGCUACCCCGGGGCGGCGCGUCGAUCUCACCAACCUGAAUGUCCUGCCCAUGAUGGGAAUGCAGCGCCAGCAGCAGCACCAUCUUCACAACAACGGCGGCGGUGCAUCGAUCAUGUCGCCCGGCAUGCUGACGAACGCGGUCGUCGCCUCGGCCCGCAUGCGUGCCAACAGCCUGUCGUCGUCGAUCAGCAAUGGGUCGUGCACGCCACCGGCCUCGUCGAUCGGCGGCGGCUCGGAACAGUCCGUCUCGCCGAUCCACAAUCAGCCGCCGAGCCCGGCCAGCAUUGCCAAGCUGCCGCUGACGCCCAAGUCGAAGGUCGAGCUGUACUCGGAGCGUGUCAGAGCUACAUCUGGUGCCAACGGGAUCUUCUCGCGCCGCUUGGACUUCUCGUCGUUCAACGUAUUGCCGCGACAGCGAAUAAACUCCUACUCCAUAAAGAUUGAAGAUGAAGGCAAUCACGGAAACGAUGAAACGCGUCUGUUCAUUCUGUCGUCGCUAGCUGCCCAGCACAAGAGUCGCGUCGCCUGUGUACUUUGCGAGGAACCGAUGCUAGUCUUUGACCGCUACCCUCUGGUCGAUGGAACGUUCUUCCUCAGCCCGAAACAGCACAAUAAAGGAUGCAUUGAGGUGAAGUACGAGAAUCGUGUCCAAUAUCUGACAUCCGUCUGCAUGGCGUGCCUGGAAGGCGUCGAGCCAAACCGUAUCGUACGGUGCAGAUUUUGCGUAAACAAAUGGGACGGUUCGUCGCUUGUUUUGGGCACCAUGUAUUCCUACGAUAUCUUUGCCGCGAUGCCAUGCUGCACGGAACGAUUGAAGUGCAACAACUGCUUCAAACUGAUGCUGUCGCCGCACCAGCGGCUGAACUUCUACAGCGACUACAGCCACAGUGUGUCGUGUCCGUACUGUUCGGCGCAGGACAACCACUUCGUGAAGCCGCUGUCCUACUGCUACACCAAGCAGCCCAUGCAGUACUUCCAGCAGUGGCCAUAACA